AUGCGUGUCGCUGGCUUUCUCUCUCUGCUCGCCGGGCUCUGUGCGAGCGUAGAGGGCGCGCCAAGGCUCCAUGAUCCGUAUGAGCGGAGGACUCAGACUCACACUUCGACGGUGCGCGCUCGGCACACGGAGUUGGGCCAGUUUGAGCCCCAUGGCCAUGUUCCUACUUUGACGGUCGAGAAGACGAGGACGAUCCCGCAUCCGAUUACCUUGUUGUCAACCAUACAUUUCACAACCACUAGGAAGCUCAAGCCCGUAACUGUGACUGAGACGGAUUUCGUAUCGUCUACGCUCUAUGUCACUGCCGCCGCGAAUACCGAUGUCAUCUCCGUCACUUCGACCGAGUUUGAGACGGACGCUGUGUCUCUGACUCCGUCCGCUAUCUCGAGCACCGUCUCAACAGACGUUACGACAACCGUCACGUCGACAUCGACCAUCGAAGCUUCAGGCGGCUUCUUGCCGAUUGCAUCUACUCUUCCAACGGACACGGCAGUGGCGUCAAUCAAACAAGAGCUCAUCAAACGAGAGCUCGACCGCCACCGGUCAAGAUCUAUUGGCUUGAAAGACCUGCGGCAUCCGCAGGCUGUGAAGUGUAUAGAAGAAACAGUCAUCGAAACCACCAUCAUCGAGAUCGUUGUCGGCAAACCAAUCACCAAAACAGUACCUGCAUCAAGAAUCACCACCAGAACAACCAGCGUCAUCACAGCUACAUCCACCAUAAUCCCCUCAGCAAUCUCAUCAACUUUCAUCUACACAACCACAUCAACCCUAUCCCCGACAACAACCCUCCAACCAUCAACAAUAACACUCACACCAACAAACACAGUAACAGCAUCAAGUACAGCAUCUUUCUACGCUGCCUGCGCAACUCCCAACAUCGCUGGCUCACCACUAUCAUCGGACUUCGGCUCCGCAGCCGGUGAAUAUAUCACCCAAGUUUUAUGGACACCUGCGCAGAUCCCGGGCAGUACAUUGCUAACAGGCGAUGCGAGCUCGGCGUAUGACUGCUGCGUGAGCUGUAUACAGGAUGAUAGUUGCGCAUUCAGCACAUUUGGGGUCGGGUACUGCUACUUGGUUAACUCGAGGAAGUGCUCUGGGUCGAACUAUGCGAACGCGCUUGUGGUGCAGGGCGAGAGCGGUGGUCCAAUACAAGUGUCGAAUGGGAAUUGUGGGGUUGUUAUUGAAGGUUCAGGCUAG